AUGGAGUCACUCGACCGCUCUCCCUCACCUGAGUUUUCGCCCUUGGCCAUCGGCGAAGACUUCACACCGCUCCCCACCUACAAGGCCGCAACUACGUCAGCCUAUGACAUGUCUGGCCUCCUGUCAACUCCCCUUCAACUCCAUGAAGAUCUCGCCUCAGGAUGCGGCGGUCAAACCUGGCCUGCAGGAAUGGUGCUUACAAAACACAUGCUGCGCUACCACCGAGAGAACCUCAAGGGCGCGAGAAUACUUGAGCUGGGCGCCGGCGGCGGACUCGUCGGGCUGGCUGUGGCUUUAGGUUGUGGACUGCAGGAAACGCUGUACCUCACAGACCAAGACGAGAUGUUCGAGCUGAUGGGACGGAACACCAAGUUGAAUGGCCUCGAAGAUAAAGUCAAGCCCAGGAUCCUGAACUGGUGA